UGAAAUUCGAUUUUUUUUAAUGUGCAUAUUUUGAUUAAGUUAUAAUGUCAAUGUUGCGGCAAACGAGUGACAUCUGGAUUUUUAUGCAAGGGCACCACGGCUGAUAGCAAAAUGAUAUUUUUGUAAUGUCAAGAGGUGUACAUAAGAGGGUAUGUACUAUAUGAGAACAAACAAAAUACAUAAAUAUAAUGACGAAGGAUUUUUUUACAUACAGUAUUACACGAGCUGUCAAUCUCUUGUAUAAUACAAGUUGUAUUACUAACAGAUCGGUCUCAAUUAUUGUCAAUUUACAUACAUAUGUAAAUAUGUGUGUAUUUUCAAAGGUAUGCAAGCAAAAGCAGGAUGUAUAAGGGCAAACAUAUGUUUUUAUUUUAAAUCUAAUAAUUUAUAAGCUAAGUUUAACAAUUUUGUGUGAAACAUAGUGGUUAUGAUUAAGCUUUCAAAGAAAAAACAAAAAAUGCCACAAAAAAGAAAAAAUUAUACAGAAGAUACAGUGCAAUUAGCUUUGCAAGAAAUUGAAAAAGGGGCUUCCUUAAGAUCUAUUUCUCUGAAAUAUAAAAUCCCGAGAAGCACGCUUUCAAAUCGUAAUAGUGGGAAAACUAAAUACCAAGCAAGACCAGGUCCAAAAGUUCUGAAAUUGAGUGAAGAAAAUGAAAAAAAUUUAGUUGAUUGGAUAUUGAAAACAAAUGAAUCUGGAGAGGAAGUUAAAAAGUCAAUGAUAUCAAAGUAUGCAAAAGAUAAUUUUAACUGUGACGUUAAAUUUUCACAUGGAUGGUAUCGAAGUUUUUUUCGAAGAAAUCCUAUGCUUGUAAAUAUUGUAAAACAUGUACCCGCUGCACAACCUUAUUAUGGUAUGGAUGUAGAAUUAGACUCUAGUUAUAUAUUAAAUGAAAACACGGAAAAUAGUAUUUUAAAUACUGACAAUUCAAGCAAUGAUUCGGAAUGUAAUAUUGAGAAUAAGAACUGGAAGUUUGAAAAGAACGAAAGCAUUAAAGUUGGGCUUUGUUUUAGUUGUGCUGAAAUAAUUGAAGACCAUGCUAUUGAAUCAGGUGUUAAAUGUUAUUCAUGUUUAAGAACAUAUCAUUUGAGCUGCGCUAUAAAACAACACAAAGAAAUAGAUUUGCACAAUUCAGGAGAAAUUUUUGAAUGUUUAAUUUGCUGGAGAAGAAAAAUUACAAAGGCAUGAUACCACUUUCAUUACGAAUCAUCUUUGUAUGGAAGAUUAGUUUGUUUUAAUUUAAGGUUCUUAAUGGUUACAUCUAAAUAAUAAAAUUUAAGUAGGCAAUAAGUAAACUUUUAAGAACUUUUGAACAUGA